CGGAUGCAGGAGCAGAGAGCAGCUGGGGAGAGAAAGACUCAAAGGACGUGGUGGGGCACAGCUAGGACGAUGCAGUUCCUGGAUUGGCUAAUAGUAGCCACUUGCCUUCUCCCUGGGGUAACUGCAACCCAGCACUAUCCAGGGCAGCCCAUGAACAGAGCCAGCGUGGGAGGUGGCCUGCAGGAGCCAGAGGCCCCGGAAGUGAUGUUUGAGCUGCUUUGGGCUGGGCUGGAGCUGGAUGUCAUAGGGCAGCUGCACAUCCAGGACGAGGAACUGGCGUCCACACGCCCAGGCCGCCGACUCAGGCUCCUCCUGCAGCACCACGUGCCCAGUGACUUGGAGGGUGCUAAGCAGCGGCUGCAGCAGUUCCAGGACCUGCGGAAAGGGCCUCCUCUUAGCCCUUGGGACUUUGAACACCUGCUCCUCACAAGCCUGUCCUGUGUCUACCGGCUCCAUAAGGCUAGUGAGGCUGAGGAAAGAGGUCGCUGGGCCCAGGUCUUCGCCCUGCUGGCACAGGAAACACUCUGGGACCUAUGCAAGGGUUUCUGCCCCCAGGGGCAGCCCCCUUCUCUGGGACCCUGGGCCUUGAUCCUUGACCCCUUUCCCUGACUCUCCCCAACUCCUACCCCAAGCCAGACCCACCCGGGGCAGUGUUCUUUCCACUGUGUUCAGAUCUCUGGCCUUGGAUUGUACCCUGGAACCCACUUUACCCCUUCCCCAUUUUCUUCCCUGAGCCCUGGCAGGCUAAGAGCCUGGGUCUCAGGCAGCAGGCACAGACUCACGGGUGUGUGUGUGUGUGUGUGUGUGUUGGGGUCAGGGUUUUUUAAGUCCAACCAGUGCUCGGAGUCCCUGAGCCCCAAGUUCCCCAUUUGGACUAGCCAUAGACUAGACAUCUUUAGUCCUGUCUGUUGGAGGAGGAGAGGAGGAAAGCAGGUGGAGAAACAUUACCUUUUCUGGAGGGGGCGGGUGGAGACAGGGAAGCGGAUAUUUUUUGGUCCAUCUCAACAAGGCUCAAAUGAACACCUCGAGUGGGGAGUGAGGCUGUGAGGGCAGAGACAAGCUGAAGCUGGCUAGUGUAGUCCUGAUCCUGUGUAGCUAUUCCAUUAAAUGUUCUGUUCUGGCCUCCUGGAGCCUGUGUCCUUCUAUGCCAGAGUAAGUUGUUUAACCCUUGUCCUGGGCAAAACACCCUCCCUGUCCUGGGAAGGCAGGUGUUGGGGCAACCAGGUAUCAACUCAUUCCUCACACGCCCUGCUAGAAGAAGGAAUG